GCCGCCAUGGCAACGGCGACCCCCAAAGUUCCAGAGGUUCGGGAUGUCACCCGGAUCGAGCGGAUCGGCGCCCACUCCCACAUCCGCGGGCUGGGCCUGGACGAUGCGCUGGAACCGCGACAGGUGUCCCAGGGCAUGGUGGGGCAGCUCUCUGCCCGCCGUGCUGCCGGCGUCAUCCUGGAGAUGAUCAAGGAAGGGAAAAUCGCCGGGCGAGCCGUCCUGAUCGCCGGGCAGCCCGGGACGGGGAAAACGGCCAUUGCUAUGGGCAUGGCGCAGGCGCUGGGUCCCGACACGCCCUUCACGGCCAUCGCGGGCAGCGAGAUUUUCUCCCUGGAGAUGUCGCGCACCGAGGCGCUGACCCAGGCCUUCCGCCGCUCCAUCGGCGUCCGCAUCAAGUACGGGGCUAAUUUGGGGGGGGUCUCGCCCCAUUUCGGGGGGUCUCACCCCACUUUGGGGGUGUCACCCCGUUUCGGGGGGGUCUCAUCCCGUUUUGAGGGGUCUCGCUCCAUUUUGGGGAGAAAAACAUGAGAGGGAAUCACGAGGAGGAAAAAAAAUACCAAAAUACCAAUUUCCAUGCCCAGGGACGUCAUCACCAUCGACAAGGCCACGGGGAAGAUUUCAAAGCUGGGACGCUCCUUCACCCGGGCACGGGACUACGACGCCAUGGGGGCACAGACGAAAUUCGUGCAGUGCCCCGAUGGGGAGCUGCAGAAGCGGCGCGAGGUCGUGCACACGGUGUCGCUGCACGAGAUCGACGUCAUCAACUCCCGCACCCAGGGGUUCCUGGCCCUGUUCUCAGGUGACACAGGUGAGAUCAAGCCGGAGGUGCGGGAGCAGAUCAACGCCAAAGUGGCCGAGUGGCGUGAGGAGGGCAAGGCUGAAGUCAUCCCUGGGGUGUUGUUCAUCGACGAGGUUCACAUGUUGGACAUCGAGAGCUUCUCGUUUCUCAACCGGGCCCUGGAGAGCGACAUGGCGCCAGUGCUGAUCAUGGCCACGAACCGCGGCAUCACCAGGAUCCGAGGCACUGCCCACCGCAGCCCCCACGGGCUGCCCUUGGACCUCCUGGACCGGCUGCUGAUCAUCGCCACGGCCCCGUACGGCGACAAGGAGACCCGGCAGAUCCUCAAAAUCAGGUGCGAGGAGGAGGACGUGGAGAUGACGGAGGACGCGUACGCGGUGCUGACGCGCAUCGGGCUGGAGACGUCGCUGCGCUACGCCAUGCAGCUCAUCACCGCCGCCAGCCUGGUGGCCAGGAAACGCAAGGGCGCCGAGGUGGGCGUGGAGGACAUCAAACGUGUCUAUUCCCUGUUCCUGGACGAGUCGCGCUCCACUCAGUACAUGAGGGAGUACCAGGAGGCCUUUCUGUUCAACGAGCUCCAGGGUGAAUCCAUGGAAACGCCGUGACCCCUCCCCCCCCAUUCCCCUCCCCCCCUUUGUACAAUAAAUCUGAUUUAGAGC